GGGUGGCAGCCUUAUGGAUUUAGUCAAAGCUGGGAGGGAGUGCAUGGGCUGGGCUUUUUCUCCCGCUUGGCCCAUGGUGACUCCCGGUCUGGCCUGCCGUUGGUUAUUAUGGAUUCAAUCAUUAUUCAGGAGCGAUUAGUCGAGCGGCUGCUUUCUCCCAGGACCCAGACCCAGAGAAGCCACUCAGCCAAGCUGAAGAGGAAUGGAGGCAACCUACAACCCUCGGAUCAUCUUGACCACGAAAAGCAGUAUGUGGGGUUCGCCACUCUCCCCAAUCAGGUGCACCGGAAAUCUGUGAAGAAGGGCUUUGAUUUCACCCUCAUGGUGGCAGGAGAGUCGGGCCUGGGUAAAUCUACUUUGGUAAACAGCUUGUUCCUGACAGACCUCUACAAAGACCGAAAACUUCUCAAUGCCGAAGAAAGAAUCAGUCAGACAGUAGAGAUUGUGAAACACACGGUGGACAUCGAGGAGAAGGGGGUGAAGUUGAAGUUAACAAUUGUCGACACGCCAGGUUUUGGAGAUGCUGUGAACAACACUGAAUGUUGGAAGGCCAUCACGGAUUACAUUGACCAGCAGUUUGAACAGUACUUCCGAGAUGAGAGCGGCCUCAAUCGGAAGAACAUCCAGGACAACCGGGUGCACUGCUGCCUCUACUUCAUCUCCCCCUUUGGCCAUGGGCUGAGGCCGGUAGACGUGGAGUUCAUGAAGGCUCUACAUGAAAAAGUGAACAUUGUUCCCCUUAUUGCCAAAGCCGACUGCCUCAUUCCUUCUGAGAUCAAGAAGCUAAAAGAGCGGAUCAGGGAGGAGAUUGACAAGUUUGGAAUUAAAGUUUACCAGUUUCCUGAGUGCGAUUCUGACGAAGACGAGGACUUCAAACAACAAGACAGAGAGCUGAAGGAAAGUGCUCCCUUCGCAGUCAUCGGCAGCAACACGGUGGUGGAGGCCAAAGGUCAGAGGGUACGAGGGCGGCUCUACCCUUGGGGAAUCGUGGAAGUGGAAAACCAGGCGCACUGUGACUUUGUGAAACUGCGGAACAUGCUGAUCCGAACACACAUGCACGACCUGAAGGACGUCACCUGCGACGUUCACUACGAGAACUAUCGGGCGCAGUGCAUCCAGCAGAUGACCAGCAAGCUGACUCAGGAUAACAGGAUAGAGAGCCCCAUCCCGAUUUUGCCGCUCCCAACACCGGAUGCGGAAACGGAGAAGCUGAUCAAGAUGAAAGAUGAAGAGUUGCGUAGAAUGCAAGAGAUGCUGCAGAAAAUGAAACAGCAGAUGCAAGACCAGUGAAAAAAAAGGAAGCUGGGAUGGAAGUUGCGAAGGAAAGGAACAUCCUUGUCACUGUCUGCAGUUCAGCUGGAAUCGCAGAUAAUUUAGGAAGGACUUUCCUGUUGCAAAGAAAACAAAACAAAAACAAAGAGACUUGUGAGCAAGAGCGGUGCCCAUUCCCUCCCUCCCUCCGUCUCUCUAAUUCAGGGGUAGCCAACGUGGUGCCCUGCAAACACUGUUGAACUGCAACGCCCAUCACAGGAAGUUGGCAGUCCAGCAAUGGCUGUAGGACACCAUGUCAGCUACUCCUUGCUCUGUUUCGAUCGUAGCAACGUCUGUUAGUGGGAAGGCGGGAAGACAAGAGGGGAGAGAGGUUGCUUGCUGCGGACCUCUUCCACGAUCGGGAUAUUCCCUGCUGUCCCCACUCUUUCCUAGAUAUACUAAACUGUUGUUAAGGAGCAUUCUGGUAUUCAAAACCAACCAACCAACCAACCACCGUUUCUAUGGCACAUGGAUUUUGAGGACUCUUGUGUAAAUGCACGUUAACUGUUUACUUCUAACCAAGGUGCUGUGACCCUUCUCCUCCUCCUCUUUCCAGCUUCUCCCCACCCCCCCAUUCUGUCCUCAAACUUUCGGAGGUCACGGCAAGCUUUUGCAAAAAGGCCGACGAUACCUCUGAAGCAAGUGCUGCUGACAUGAGCACCAACCAGCCUGACCUCUUGCCUAGGACAUCCCUUGGUCCUCUUCCCCACCAGCCGCUUUGAGAGGAUGAGGAUGGUUGGGUGUGUGGCGUUCUUUGAUGGUUUCUCAAAACAUUCCUGACAUGACGAUGGUGUUUUUACUAAGAAUCUCAUGGCUCUUUUUUGCACUACGGGGGGAAGGACUUAAAAGACCUGCUGGUGAGGGAUCCUAGUAAAAAAACAGCUCCCACUGCCCUUGUUUUAGGUGCGUUGUAUUGAGUGAUGUACAACUGUUGGACUUCUUGCAGAGGUAAGGUUCUGCAAGGCGGGAGUUACUUUGAGGUUUAGCAUCAUCUUGGCACGCUCAGCCCAUGCUUUGUCUCUCACCAACCAUGGAGCAAAUUUGGAUUCCUAGAGAAAUGUGUUAAUUGGUUUGUACGCUGUCCAGUGAAUGUCUCAAGUCAUUUUUAGGGAUCUAAAAAAUCCCAGCCGAAAAUGGACUUGGGAUGGGAGCAAAACAUGGUAUUCUGCUAACCUGGGAUUGUGUCGUGUGGUUGUGGGCUUCUAGAAACAUGCAUUGCUUCAAUUUGGGCCACCGUGCAAAUGUCUGCUGCAUAAAGAGUUAGUGUGAGUCUUUCUUAUUGUGCUCAGUUGCGCUGCAUCGUGGAUUUUGUAGUCUAGAGGCCAACACCCGACACUCACAAGGUUACAUCUACGAAGUCCAUGAUGCAGUGAGACUGAGAGCAAACUACACAUGCAUGAACUGAGGAGAUGUGGCUAUAGGGUGUAUGGCUUCACAGAUGGAACCAGCUGAGAUCUGAAUAGGGGAGGCAGAAUUUUUUCUACUGUUGCUAGCAGUUGGCAGUCUUAUGGCCAGAGAUAAUUUAUACACCUCGCACCCAGAAGUCCACAUUCUGCUGCAAGGAAACUUAAAUUCUGUGCAAAGUGUGUAACACUCUGGAAAGUGUCCAGAGGCUCCCAGGGAGAGGGGAAUGUGUUGUGCAGCUUUUGCAGCUUUCUCGUAGCCAGAGCCCACCUUUUAAUUUGAAAUUACAGGGCUACUUCUGCUUUCUUUGCUCUUUUGACCCUUCUUCUCCCUUUAGGACAGGCUGGGAAACCUCCUGCUCCUCCAAAUGUUGUUGGACUUCAACUCCCACUUGCCCCAACCAGCGCGGCCAAUGUUUAGGGAUGGUGGGAGUUGUAGUUUAUCUCUGGAGGGCCACAAGUUUCACCCUCACCUGCUUUUGAAUGCAAAAGAGAGAUGGGGCUCCUUGUUUUCUAAGUGUUGAUUAGAAAUUGAUAUUUUCUUACAGGAGCAACUUGUCACAACAGAAAUGUGAAUAUAUCCCUAUCAAAAUACCCUAUUGCGGCACUGCUAAAGAUAAGAGAGCAUCGUCCUGCUUUGUAGGGAGCAGGGUGAAAUCUCUUUCUUUCUGUUUCUAUCUUUCGCCUCCCAUCUUAAACAGAAAAAGAAGCAGAAUAUAGUGUGUUGCCAUUAGAUGUGCCACACUUUCGUUUAGGACAGUGUUUUCCAAACUGCUUUUGAACUACAGUUCCCAUCAUCCCUGACCACCAAUCUUGGUAGCUGGGGAUGAUGGGAGUUGUAGUCCAGUAACAGCUGGAGACCCAAGUUUGGGACAGCCUUUGGUGACCUGCUGCCUUCCAGAUGUUUCCGCUACAACUCACAUUGGCCCCAGCAAGCGCAUGGGGCAUGGCAGAAUCAUUCCUCAGAUGUUUGCUUCUUCUUUACAAAUACUUCUAAUAUGUUUUCAACCACAUCUCUGACAGGUCUACCAACCUGAAGACUUCCUUCUUCAGGUGAAACUUCUCAG